CCGCUUGACGAUCUUGCUUCCCGCCAUAGACCCGCCGCGAGUCUGUGCACUCCCGCCUCUGCUUCGCCCGAACGCCCUCCAGUGCUUAGACUGCGCCUGUCUCCGAGUCAUCUGUCCCCGCUACCCCGCAUUUUCCUCUAGACUACCGUAGAGUCGACGCGUGUACAACACAGAGCUCACGACCACCGCUAACGACCCUAGAGACUGCGAAGAGCGUGUACGCUAUAGCCCGGGUACCCAUCUCCUAGAUCCAGAUCCCCCUCCCCCGCCCUCCAAGGCCCUUCCUCACACGACUCAUCAAGCUGGCGACCGUCCACAACUAUCAGCAAUUGUCCAACUUGGGCUUACCCUCUGCUAGCCUAAUGCAGUCAAACAGCCACCAACAGCAUGCGUCCGACGACGCCGAUCGUCAGAACCGGUUCCUCUCCUCGCAUGGCUCCGAGACCCCCAACAGCCUCAGCCUUCGCGAGCGCGCCGCAAGCCAACCCCCGCGUACCCAGAACUUUGCCGCGCCCCCUCCGCAGCCUGUGCGUAACAACUCAGGUGGGCCUGGGGCGGGAGCUUGGGGUCGCUUCCCGUCCGGCCUCAGUCCCCUCCCCCAGUCCGUUCCCACGCGCAGCGCUUCCUUCUCGUCCUCUCCUUUAAGUACCCACAACCCCUUCUCAUCUGCCAUGCGCGACUCCCGCUUUGCGAGCACGUUUGAGGACGACGAGUCGGAGGCGCUUAGCGACAUCCAGGAUCCGUACGAUCCGUACGACGAACGCUACCCCCGCACGAAUAUGUCUUUCCGCGGACGCACUUAUGCCCCCGAUCUCACUCGAAGCCGUUCGCAGUCGCUUGCCACAACCCGUCCUGGAGCGAUUGGUAGCGGUUUCCCGAGCCAGUUCGGGCAAUGGGAUGGGUCUUCGCCACAGAGCAUCCCUUCGCGGUAUGACUUCAAGACGCCAACCAGCGGCAGCCGCUACGGCUCUCUGGGCGCCAUCGGUCGAUCGCCGUCUGGAGGAUACUCGAACAACAUGAUUGAUCCUUCAAACAUGAGCCCGUUCGUGCGAGACGUGGGUCAGAUCGUCUUGGACGAAGGGUCCGCCUUUCGAGAGCUGUGGUCCGGGAUGAACCCACCGCGCGACGAGAACGGUGGCGGAGGGAGCGGUACGACUAGCCGACGACACAGUGUCAGCGUCGUACAGCCCCGCAGACCCAUCGUGGGCUUCAACGCGCCAGCCGCAGAGUUUCAAGAGGAAAACGUCCGCCCGGGGAAUUUCCAUCACUCUGCCUCGUACGGUGGCGGCGGAGGCCUGAUGCUCACCGAUGACGACCUGGCCAGCGACCUCGGCAUGCUGAAUCUCAACGAGAGCGGUAGGCCCGUCGCUUCCAUACAGCCCCCAUCGCAGCCGUCGUCUCUCCCCAUCUAUGCGCCUCUGUCACGGAGCCCGCCGGCGUCAGACCGCGUUUCGCCUUACCAAGCUCUGCACCUCAAUAUCCCAGGAGGGGCAGGCUCGUACGCAUCCCGCCAGUCCAUCGUCGGCUCGCCAAGUGACAGUGGUAUGUCCGGCGGAAGUCCCUCCCGUGGUUUGGACCAAUACUCGCAGGAGGUUGCGCACCACAGGGAGCCCGCGCGUCCACAAGCUCUCAUGGCUCGCUAUGUCCCGGGACACGGCAUCCAGCAGAUUCCGGAGCAAGGCAUCAUGCCCUCGCCCCUCUCGCCCGCAGCACUACGCAGCGCCGGUCAAUACGGACAGCCACAGCAAAUGCAGCGGCGGCCGUCAGACGCCACGCGUCCGCUGACCGAGCUCGGGAAGGGCAUGCCGCUGCACGCGGUGCCGACGUCGUGGCCGCUGUACAUUGUGGAAUUCAAGGCGGGGCGGACGGACCUGUUCUACUGCACGGACCUGACGCAGGACAUCCGGGUGGGCGACCUAGUCAUCGUCGAGGCGGACCGCGGCAAGGACCUCGGGACGGUCAUCAACGACAGCAUCACGCUCGCCGAGGUCGAGGCGUUCCAGAAGCAGCAGAAGCUCAUGAGCAUGGGCCAUGCGGACGUCCAUGGCGUUCCGACGAGCCCGACGAGCGCCACCGGCGGAGGCGUGAAGGACAUCAACCCGAAGAUGAUUUACGGCAAGGCGCAAGCUCGGGACAUGCAGACUCUGUCGGCAAAGGCGCAGGAUGAAGCCAAGGCGCUCGAGCUGUGCAAAAACAAAGUGCGGCAGAGGAAGCUGCCCAUGGAGGUCAUUGACGCCGAAUACCAGUGGGAUCGUCGUAAAUUAACCUUCUACUUCGUUGCCGAAAAGCGGAUCGACUUCCGCGAGUUGGUGCGCGAGCUGUUCCGGUUGUACAAAACGCGCAUCUGGAUGGCGUCGCUGAGCGGCGCAGGCGGCUUCGACCAGUAACCGGGUGGCGGCAGAUCCUCUCCACGCCACGCCAGCCCCUUCAAAUCCGACUUUUCCUCGCGCCCGCCGCUCUUCGUACCUCCGUCCACGUCACGCAUCCAGUUAUGCCCCGGCUAUACCUCGCUUCCGCGCUGUCCCGCUCCCACACGCAUGCACUCCUACCCUCCGGUCCCUUGCAAUAUUUACUACAAGCUCCCGUCACCAGUGUAACGUGUACGCUAUCCCGCCGCGGCGCGAAGAGGCGCACCCGCGCGCGACGUAACUUAACGCCAUGGACCCGUGUCAUGACCUCUCCCUUUUUUUCUGUAGGUACCCCGCUCUCCUGCACCCCUUCGUUCUUCGAACAGUCCCUCUGUCCCUAUUACCCCUCCC